GUAUCAACGAAGGUCAGUUCAGUCCGCGCACGAGUCGAGAGAACCCGAGCCCUCGUCCCGAAACCAUCGUUGGGACAUUCGUAGUCGUGACACGAAACGGAUAACGAUGACCUUCUGGUCGUGUCGGUUGAUGCCACGAUGAGACGGUAACCGAGUCUCCACGUAAACGAGGUAACGAACGCGUACAGAUUCGCGUGGUGAUCGUACGUUAAUAGUAGCUAGCCGGCUUCGUCGAAGCGGAAACAGCUAGUGUCCAUUGUGCCAGUCAGCGGUGCACCUCGAUCAGCGCCAUCGCCGCCGCCAGCAUGGAGGAUGCGGAAGCAUAGUGUCGUUGAGAUGCCGCCAAGGAGUACCGAGACAUGAAGAGAACGCGACCGAGGGCCGCGUGGGUUUCUCUGAGUCAGGACCGGCGGUAGCAGAGCCGUGAUCAAAAUGAGUCUUCUAAACAUGGAUUCGGAGAACCGCGUGGUCCUGAACGUGGGUGGAAUCCGGCACGAGACGUACAAGGCGACCCUAAAGAAGAUCCCCGCGACGAGGCUUUCGAGGUUGACCGAGGCCCUCGCGAACUACGACCCCAUCUUGAACGAGUACUUCUUUGACAGACAUCCGGGGGUCUUCGCCCAAGUCCUCAACUACUAUCGCACCGGAAAGCUCCACUACCCCACGGAUGUUUGCGGCCCACUGUUCGAGGAGGAGCUCGACUUUUGGGGUCUCGACUCCAAUCAGGUGGAGCCGUGUUGCUGGAUGACCUACACCCAGCAUCGGGACACGCAGGAAACGCUGACAGUCCUCGACAGGUUGGACCUCGAUACCGAGAGGCCGACCGAAGAGGAACUGGCGAGGAAGUUCGGUUUCGAGGAUGCGUAUUUCGCCGGCACGCUGACGUGGUGGCAGAAGGUCAAGCCCCAGAUGUGGUCGCUGUUCGAUGAACCCUACUCCUCUUUGGCAGCUAAGGUGAUCAGCAUAGUCUCGGUCCUCUUCAUCUGCAUCUCGAUCUUGUCGUUCUGCCUGAAGACGCAUCCGGACAUGCGAGUGCCGGUGAUCGUGAACCGGACGGUGAACAAAGGGAACGAGACCUCGUGGACGGUGGACAAAACGCACACGAACGCUCACGACGUCUUUUUCUACAUCGAGUGCAUGUGCAACGCCUGGUUUACAUUCGAGUUCCUAAUACGGAUUACCGCGAGCCCGAAUCGCUGCGUAUUCAUCAAGAGCUCGGUGAACCUGAUCGACAUGGUGGCAACGAUGAGCUUCUAUCUCGAUCUGGCGCUGCAACGUUUCGCCUCCCAUCUGGAGAACGCGGACAUCCUCGAGUUCUUGAGCAUCAUACGUAUAAUGAGACUGUUUAAGCUGACACGUCACUCCUCCGGCCUGAAGAUCCUGAUACAGACUUUCCGCGCCUCCGCGAAGGAGCUCACGCUCUUAGUUUUCUUUCUGGUCCUUGGAAUCGUGAUCUUCGCGAGUCUGGUAUACUACGCGGAACGCACCCAGUACAAUCCGAAGAACGAUUUCAAGAGCAUACCGUUGGGCCUGUGGUGGGCCCUAGUAACGAUGACUACCGUCGGCUACGGGGACAUGGUGCCGAAGACCUACAUCGGAAUGUUCGUUGGCGCGCUCUGCGCUCUAGCCGGUGUAUUAACGAUCGCCCUGCCCGUGCCCGUGAUCGUCAGCAACUUUGCGAUGUAUUACAGUCACACGCAGGCGCGAGCCAAGCUACCGAAGAAGAGACGCCGCGUACUUCCGGUCGAGCAGCCAAGAGUGAGAGCUCCAGGCGCUCCGCCAGGAAUGCCGGGAGUGCCAGGGACUGCGGGCCCACCGGGUUGCGCUCCUCAACACAUGCCACCGGGUGGACCUUUAUCCGGGACCGGUGCUCUGGCUCCUGGCCUUGGACAGACGCCUGGAGUUGGCUGCCCUGGAGGUCAAGGGCCCCAGAACAGACGGAUGAACGCCAUCAAGACCAAUCAUCCCAAGGAUGUUUCGUUCGCCACGAAAACAGAGGAGGACCGGAGGAACUCUAACCUACGCACUAACGGGACCAAGACAGCCGGAGGUUUGGGUUAAAGCUGGUACCAAGGCUACUCGCCACUGCCGAGGUGCACUCGACCAGGGCGUUGGGAUGACCGAGUCGUGAGAGGAAAGAGCAAGCGAGCGAGCCGGGGGAAGGAGGGAAAAUAUCGCCGGAGGAGUGAGCUCAAGACGGGUAUCAAGAUUGCACGGUCUAUAAGGGAAUAUUAGAUCGCUACGGAUGAAAUGUCGGAUUUUUACUGCGACGAAUUGCGACGCUUUUUACGAUAACGCUGUGUGAAUUAUUAGAACCGCUCUAUCUUCUAUCUUUCUUCUACUUUCCGGACGGGAGACGGGCUAGAGGAAGUCGGGACUAACCAGAAUCGUAUUCGAACGAGACCUCUGCUUAACACGUUGGUUGCCGCGCUAAUACUCUUGAAAAUGUUUACUGCGAUUAAAUUUUGUUUGCAGCCUAUUGGAAACUAUUAAGGGAACCGAAAAUUUAAUCAACAAAAUAAUUUCCAUCAUUUUCUAACACUUUUUGUCAGCGUAGAGGCAAUUGUUCGAUUCCCUUUUUAAAAAAAGAUUUUCCCUGGGAUCAACGUGUUAACAAUUUAUUCGCGACGCUUUUGUUCCUGUAAAUAUCGCGGUAAAAUAGAAAUAUUACAGCAUCGAUUACCUAUUUUAAUCGCGAUCGUCGAUCGUUGCUUCGAUUAAAAUUUGCCCAGCCCUGGCACGCAUAAUGAGACGAGACGGUUCACAGAUUCCCAUGAAUAGGAGCAAAUUGCGCGUGAAAUUCCCGCAAUCUUCCGGAACAAAUUGCCAUCGCGAGAACUGAAAUGUUUAAAAUGAACGCGUAAAAAUCUUGGCAGCUUGACCGCUGAGAGCAGAGAAGCGGGCGGCAAAUCAGAAACGAAUAACGGUGGCAAUUAAUUGGUGCUUUAAAUUAAAACGCGUCCAGCUGCAGCGUACGCCAGUCUCUCGGAAACGAAAAAACUCUCGCGUUGAAUCGUCAACAGCCGAAAAAUCGAGCAAAUCAUCGCGCGAAACGUCCGACAUUUCGUGCGCACCGAUCGAACAAUGUUCAGGGAUUUCUCGCGGAUCCAUCGAUUCGACUGUACCUACAUACUUCUCUUUUUCGCGUCAUACGUUCCUGUAAUCGCCCCCCUCCCCAAAAAUUCAACACUCCCCGACUUCCUUUCUUUUCUUGCCUCGUCGUUAUCAUCGCAAACCGAAAAACCCGAAUGUGUCCGAGUUUAUACCGAUGCCAGAAGUCGCGUUAAGGGGGUAGUCUGACUAGAAACUUUGAAAAUGUCAAUUUCCCUUUAGUUUUGUUGCAUUUUCCGAAAGUUCUAGGCGCGAACCCAGAACUUUUCGAGGCAACGAAUCGGAGUACACCCUUAAACGAGAGUCUCGAAAUCGAGACCAGAGACGGAGCAAAACGUUUAUUCGAACGAUCCAAGUAUUUGUAUCAGUUCUCAUCCACGAGCGGCAGAUGAAAUGUUGUUUAUCCUUUAUUCGUUAUUCGAAUGUUGUAUUUGGAUAGGAGUUUUGCCCAUCUCUGGUGGGGACAAACGAUAGCUGCGGAGAAGAGUUGGUGCACGGGGAGAGAGUGCAGAGACUCGUUUGAACUGACGGGGAAUAUUCAUCGGCUGUCAGCUCGGAGGCACGGCCGGGCGAAAGCCUCCUCUUCGUCAAAGCCGAAUAAUUUAUGUACCGGAGUGCACAGCUUCGCUGCCAAAAAUUUCUGAAUGUAUCCGGUGAAUGUUGCAAGAGGCGCGUAAUGAGACUGGCGAAUUCUCGCUGAGCUUAAAUAUUUGCGUUUGGGACGUUGGUAGGAAUUUUUAUCAGAAGUUCGACGUCAUAUCGACGAGAUUCCCCACCUCUAUCGCUCGCUUUCAUAAACAGAAUAGAACAUCUCCUAAAAAAUUUGAAAGUUGUUUCGACGAUUGGCUGAAAUGAAACGCCCAGCCCAGGAACGAUGGGAAUUUUUCAUACCUCGUAAUCUCGAGCAAUAACGAUAACGUCAAAAUUUUGUUGCCGACGAUUCAGAACACAUUUGCAAAUCGCACGGAUUAUUCCACGACCUGCCGUCGACUUUGAUAUAGAAAAUGUAUCGAGCUGCUUUGAACAACGUUUCCAUGAAAAUGGUGCACUCUCAAAAAUGGAGCCGAUACUUCUUAGAAGUGACUUUGCAUUGAGAGGUAUAGUUGCGGGAUUUGUGUCUUCUGAGAGCAACAUUCGACCUUUUGUCCCUCGAUAUAAAUAUCCAAUUCUCCUUCCGCGUUGCACUCCGUUGAAAUGUACGAUUCAGACUCUUACGAUUAAACAUAAAUAUUAAUUUACAAUCGCUCCAUCAAUCGGAUAACAUCGCGUACCAUGAGAGGUAGUAUGUCAAUCUAUAAUCAUGGAAACGCUUAUCAAAGUACGAAAAUUAAUGAAAAUUUAGCAACGUUAAUUCGAUGAUAUUCUAUAUCGCUAAUUGAAAUUAAUUCAGCUCCUGUCGUGCGCAGGUUAAUCUCGAAACAGGAAAACAGUGUACAGAUUGGAACGAUAAAUGAUAAAUCGCUCUUGUUCCAAUGGGUACGUGUUGAACAGAAGACCUCGCGAAUAUAACCAAAUUUUUAUAGAAAAUCGGUAACGGUUGAACCUCACCCAAAAUUCGAAACGUCAUUUCAGCCAUUAGAAGCAACUUGCUAAAAAAAUAUUUGGAUUCGUUUUGGUUUACACGUCGCUAUGACUCUCAUCCCAUGCGUAGAAAUAAAUUAAAAUCUGCCGAAGAAUAACGCACACAGAAUCUCGUUUUCAAUGUACAAACGUGAUACAAGCGACGGAAGGAUGGGGGAUCUUCGAUGUACACGCACGCAUGCACACUUAUAACCCUCAAAGUUUACCACGCACAUACGCCCACGUACGUGUAAAUAUUCGGAUCAACCGUGAUCCAGGUACGAACGAUACAGGCAGCUCCGCACCUAUCCGUUUCAACUGUUUUUCGAGGGUGUUUUCUAUUUAUACGAUUUUCGCAAUCCCUUUCGAAACAAGACGAAUAUAAAACUUUGAAGAGGAAAUCAAAUUAUAGAUUACUUUUAUUAAUUUUUCAAGAACAAAAGUCGCAUUUGCAGAACGUGUUAAAUACAUUGGAUACACUGCCAAUCGCGUCAAGCGAUCCUGGAAAUAAAUUAAAACAAUUUUUUAAAUAUUCUUUUACUUGAAAUAUACGCGUUUCAGCAGCGUUUGAAGGAACAACUUCGACGGGUAAUCUUCCUACAGCCCAAAGGUAAACAGUGUUAAACCAAGAAAGUUCAGAAAUGUCCUUUGGCAAUCAUCGUGUUACCGAGGUUCCCGAGUUUGGAUAAUAUUUUCGUACGUCGCUCGCUUUGAAUCGAAUAAAUAGAAAACAGCCUUUACCGUUUAACCGUUAAGGAGCUCAGAAGUCCUGAGUUGUCGUAUCAAUAUGACGGCAGCCACGUUUCAGAUCGAGAUUCCUUUCGAAACCAGUGAUAUCGUUUCGCGAGUAUCCACCUUCAAAUUUCACGAUACAUACGGCUCUUUUGCACAUUUAACGCGUGCAAAAAAAAAAAAAAAACUCUGAUAAUUUAAGUAAAUCAAGUCAUUAGCAUUCUUCACGAAGAACGAUUACGUUCUUUGGAAAAAUCAUCAUCCUAGUCCUCGUAAACGCAGUACAUCGCCAUUGAAUUUUCAGCGAAAUUAGGUCAUCCACGUAAUCGCAAGAAUACAAAAUUGUAAAAUUGAUUUAAUCCGUCCAUCAGAUAGUUCAUAAAUAUUACCAGCGGUCUGGUUCUUAAAUUUUGAAACGAGCAAAAUCCAAAGAUACCGUGCCACGAAGGGGGAACAGAAAAUGUUCACGGUGGCACGAGGUGUUCGAUAAACAGGAACAAUACGGAAACGUCCUAAAUAUUGAUACAGAUGAAUAUAAAAAAGACUAAAAGUAUAAGUAUAAACUCACGAAGAGCUUGAAAAACUUGUGAACGCCGCGAUACGACAAUAAUUUACUCUUAAAGGAACGUUACUAGUCGACGGUACUGUAAAUGCGAAAGAAAGUAGCGAGAACGAGCAGGAAAGGAUAACGUAAAACGAUAUCACUGGUAUCAGGGAUUUCCCGCAACGAACGAAAAGACGUUAUGUAAUAUCGUUCGUGGUGCGUUCGAGGAACAAUGAAACCGAAUCCCAGUCGAGGAUCGACAAUUUCGAUGGAAACCACUUACCGCAAGCACGGCCGCAUCUAGUCUCCCACCCACACACGUACACGAACACUAAUAACCGAAUACACUGCAGUUGGUAGAUACUUGCCCGCGCUGAAAAAUGUUUGCCAUUUGCCGUUACCAUAAGCCAAUGCAAAGCGUGAUUUUAAUUCAGAAACUGUGUCGAUUGGUACUCGAUCGAUGUAUGCUUUACAGUUGCGAUUGUCGAGCGGGAUCGAGAAUUGUAUCAUUUCGUUAUCAUCUGCUGCACGAGUACAAGUAGAACGAGUUACUCAUCUCCAACCAAUCUCAAGUUAAAGUGGGCAGGGUGUGUCUUCGUUGGUUGCCGUCCCGGGGGAUUUCUUCUUCCGAGUAUUAUUAAAGGCAGAGAAUCCUUCGUUAUUUUAAUCGCGGUAAUACGCGGCCACGUUCUUUUUCAACGAAAUUGCAAUAAGGUCUUAGCACAGAAUGAGAUAUUUAUCCUUACCUAACUUGAAUUUCAUUUAGGAAAGGUAUUUCUUGCUUUGCCAAACUUGGUGUCGGACAAUUUUGCUUAAAUUCGACUUCCUCGCUUUCUUCCCACGGUGCGCGGAAUUUUCAUCCCCGAGACCAAUACACUCUGACUUUUUAACAAUUCCAUUGCCUUUCGAGUCGAAGAUGGCUAUCGGCAAAUGUAGAGCAUACAUUGACACGGGUAUCGUCGCAGAAAGUGUGCUUCUCUGCGCGCGUGUAAAGAAACUUUCUCGAGAACUUUGUUACUUCCGCAGGAGACGGGAAGAAAAACGUGUAGCUGGAAAAAUUACUCAUAAACUUCCAGGAAAGGGAGCACAUACACACACACACACACAUAGACACGUUCACACGACCGUGCGCGCUAGGGCGCCGUACAUAGGCACCAGAGGAACCGCAAACUCGAUUUGAGGAUCGACUGCCGCCCCAGGAGAGCGCACGUACACGGACACAAUGGGUACACGUACGCAUGUAUAUAUGUAUGUAUGUAUGUAUAUCGCACGAUGCGCACCCUGAAUACCAACGGGACCAAUCGACAGCCCCCUCUCGUGAUCCUCGAAUUGCGUUUCAAGAAAAAUUACGCUGUCCUCCGCUGCCUGCCAGAGCCUGCGAUCCUCCGCGUCUGUCAACGUACACGUGUACAGCAGGGAGAAAAAGAGAACAGUCCUAAAUUAGGGGAAUUAUGCCAUCACCGGAGAGUAGAAUUCGAACAGCGACGAGACAUUUUACCCACGAGGGCUGACUAUUACUUUUCAACCCGAAAGCUCUUUUUUUUUCUGCGCAGAGAACGCAUGUGUCACCCGUGGACGACAGCGUCCCUUACUAUUUCACGUGGCAUGGAUAUACAAGGAGACGAUAUUAUCCAAUAAAAUAUUAGAUUCUAAAAAUUUGAACUUCUUAAAUCAUCGUCGUAAACCUCGCCACGUGGGUUUUGUAUACCUCGCCCACGAGUGCCUCCUACAGAGGUGGCUUGUCACAUUCUUCUCACUCGCGCACAAUAGAUUCCCUCUGAGGCACAAAUGUAUAUAUUUGCACACCAGAGAAGGAGUAUCGGAAAGAUGGCAAAGCAGGUGGCCGAGAGGAGGGCAGAAGGGAGCAUAAAAGAGAAACGAGUCAAGCAUAUCAUAGCAGCCAAUAGGGUGCACCGAUCUCGUGGAUCGACGAGAAGAAUUGUUUCAGGAUUUCAGUAAAAUUCAGGGGGCGAACCGGUGACUCGAAAAACGUCACGUGAAUUUAAAAGAGCCUUCGGGAAUACUCGAGGACAAACGGGGCACAAAACGACAGUAAUACAGGGGCACGUUCUCCUUCAAUUUUCAUUAUUCGCAAAUGAAAGAUGAGCCGUCGUAGAGGCAACCUUGCAAAGAGUGAAAUACAUUUUGCGACUUUGAGAAAUAGAAAUCAGUUUGUACAGGAGUCGGAUGAUACCUAAAGGGUUAAUGAAGAAAAUAUAUAGAACUAAAGUAAAAUAGUAGAGAAAACCUCAUUUUCGACGUAUCAUAAUAAAAAAGAACGAAACAGGAGAGAGCUUUACCUUUGAUCGAUUAGAAAUAACAAGAACGGUAAACUCUCUAAUGAUAUUAAACGAAAACACAAAAGAAAACGUAGAAAACAAUGAAUAAAAAAUUAUAUUACGAGAGCGAAACUCUACAUUGAAAACACUGGAAGAGCUAACUCAUCAAAGGUAAAACACGAUUGACACGGAAUAUUGAAACCAUGUACGCGAUUAAUUCACUUUUGUGGAUGGAGACAAAUUUUUUUCUCAUCGCAGACAGUACAUGUAACAUUUAAAGAAAUUUUGUACUCGGUGUUGUAAUAGCCUUAUGUCAUGCGAACCGAUGAUUUGUAUGUAAUUUUUAAUUUCAAUUUGUACGUACGAUUUACAAUUUAUGCUCGCUUUGUAAAAUGGUUAUCGUUUAGCGUAUGCAACAUUUGCAGCUGUGAUAUUCUAUGUUUAUCGAAACGAUUGUUUGUCAGCUAUGUAAGUAAAGUUCAUAGAUUUUCACGUUUUUAUAAAAUUCGAAUUAAUUUCUUGUACAACAGGGUAUACAAUUAGUGUACAUAUUAAAGAAAGUUAAUAAAAAGAGUAGAUGAAAAGAGUAAUGAGUAAACUUUUUUAUAUUCAUCUGUUGAAGACGUCAACAUAAAUGUUCGAAGUAAUACAAUUCACGAUUCUAGAAAUAUCACGUAACAGUCAACGAAUGGAAAUAUACAGUAAUAACACCAAUAAGGGACUGGAUAAAUUUGCGAAAUAAUGAUAACGUACGGUAAUAAAUUUUGCAGCGUUUACUAAUUAAUUAUAAUAUCAAAAUAUGGAUAUACCGAGGUGCAGUUUAAAAUAUGAAUUUUUAUUUCCAAUGAGGACACACUGCUUUAAUAUUAAUAAACUUCGAGCAAUAUUGC